AGGUUGGGGUUAGGUUGGGGAGCAUGAGGCGGAUAUGGGUUCUCAGGGCGUAGGACCACGCCCUGGGAAACCCCGAUGGACCUGAUAUUCUCCUAUAGUCGGGUAGCGGCUGGUCGGUGCCUUUGGUACCCGCCAGCUCGCCGAUCCGGUGCGGAGAAUUUCGAUGAAGUAGGUGGGCCCAUAUCUGCCAAGACCACUCACCUCACCUUCUCGUGGGGCUCCCCGUCACCCUGCACCGGCCUUGACCGGGGUAGAGUGCGAAAGAGUGAGUGGCACCAGGAUGGAAACUCGAGGACGACCUAGGCGAAACUUAUAAUAAAACAAAAUGGAUUGUGAAAAACUAAAGAAAAACGUUUACGGUGCAGGGGUCCAGUACCGGCGCCGUCGUGGGUAGUCAAGUGGGCCUCACUGGGUCGUCAUCUCACGACCACGGCCGUUCGAGGGUGGACCGCCAGGCUCCCGGACGUGUUUCUGCGCCUGGCGAUAAUAGCAAUGUUAGAACGGGUGGCGAAUUCAUCAACUCUGACAUAGAGGACCCAGACGGGCCCGUACCCGCAUUCGAUCUGGAAGCGACGGAGGAUGUUCAGUCUUGCCUCUGUGUUCGGUUGAUACGUUCCGUCUACCAUUUAGAUAACGGUUAUCUUUGUCAAGACUGUUUCGACAACCUAGAUCCAGACGACCAGGACCUAUGCGACGACCCGCCCACUCAUUUCCUAUGCGGAGUACCUGCAAGGACACAAAUAUCACACUGUCGUAUGUGUGAUAUAAACCUAACGGACCUACAACCCGCUAUAUCAUGCCUCCCAUGCAUGAUCGUUUACAAUAAUCUGACUGACAUCGAAAGAAUUUUUUUAGUUCAAGGAAUAGCAAUCCGCACCGUAGAACUGUAAAGCACCUGUACGCUACGCACGAAACCAAAUACUUAUGCUAUCCACCUGUAAACAAACAAUAUUUAUAACUAUACAUAUAAUUCUCACUUAUAUUUACCAAUAUAUAUAUACACGCAUGUUGUAAAGUAGGCGAUAUCUAUAACACUCAUUUCCAUUGAUAAUGCAAGUGACUCAUAAAAUAAGCCGUCAUAUUUACCAUUUCACGCACAUACACACACAUAUAUAUAUAUAUAUAUAUAUAUAUAUAUAUAUAUAUAUAUAUAUAUAUAUAUUCGAAGACAAGCUACAUUUGUAAUAUCUAUUCCUAUUGAUAAUAUAUACUUAUAUAUUUAUAACAAUAAAACAAAUCUCAUUUAUACUACUUACCAAUACGUAUGCAUAUAUGUAUAUAAUUAUAACCCCUUAGCAUUCAUAAUAUUUAUUUUCACUGAUAACAUGUACGUAAAACCUAAAAUAAAACAAAAGUUUUAAUAAUAAUAAUAAUAAAAAAAAGAGGAUGAGAAGAAAAAAAGGAAAAAAAAUAUAUAUAUAGAUAUACAAAUUUUUCUUUAUAUAUAUAUAUUAAUAAUAAUAAAAGGUUAUUCUUAUUUCUAAUAAAGUCGAGAGUAAGAAACGAUUUAAUAAAUUGUUAAUAGGAAGAUGAAUCACCUGGUCAUCGUACUUACCCUCAUCGAAAUAGCAUAUGGCCUGGUAGGAUACGACUGCAAUGGCAACCACCUCAACGUUACCACCAUCUCUUUAAACUCCAUCGGGGACUGCAGCAUACAGCCUGCGAUGACUAAAACCCAAGAUAUUUAUAUUCAACUACUGCAACUCUCAGAAUUUGAAUUUACCAGUGUAAGGCAAUGCAAGGUGCAAAUAACUCGAAUUAUAUAUUACUGUGGCAUGCACUCCCACAUGUCGGCAGUGCAUAACGGAUUCGCUGAAUACCUCCAUAAAACAACCGCCCAACAAUGUGCAAGGAUGCACCAAGACGGCACGUUUUCACUCGGACCACAAAACCUUAUAGUAGGCCUAAAAGAUAAUGCAACAGAAACAAGGUCGCUUGUCCUAGCCGGCAAGUUAACAGACGACGGCAGCUGCCAGGGAACACAGUAUGCAGACCCAUACGGGAGCUGGGAAAAGGUCGUCGUACAAACCACAGUAAGGAUAAGUUUAAGAUCAGCAGUUGUGCCAGUACGGAUCGAGGCGAACAAAAUUCUACUGAAAUCAGGAACGGUAUGUACCUUUAGCGAAGGAAACUGUCUAGACGCUGAGGACGGAUACACUUAUUGGCAACCACAACCGCCCUCGCCAUGCAAAUUUGAUCAGUACGAUGUGCUAUAUGAAGGAAUUGCUACAAAGAUCCAGGAAAUAAGAACCAACAGGGAAUCAGCACAACCAGUUUACGCACUAACAACGCAGGAAGUAACAUUUGCACUAACUAAAACUGGAGAACAGCCACUGUGUGGAUAUACCCUACUAUCCACUGAACACCCCAAGUUGUUCCUGUUAGAAACAACAAGAGGAAAUACGUUCAUCUCCAAAAGCAAGACAGCAGUCGAAAAUUUGGAUAUAUUCGCAUAUGUCAACUCAAAAUUCAUUUACGUAGAGAAACAUAUUAAACGACAAAUGACAACAUUAUACCAUGAUAUACUGACACAAAGAUGCACCACACAGAAGAAACUAAUAGAGAAUGCUUUAAGCUUAGCAAUCUUACUGCCCGACGAAUUUGCAUACACCAUAACCAAGACCCCAGGACACAUGGCUCUGAUCGCAGGAGAAGCGGUCCAUAUAGUCAAAUGUAUUCUGGUACAAGUAAAGGUACGACAUACAACAGAAUGCUACCCGUUUGGCAAGGGAAUCGCACCGCAUUUCUAA